AUGCGAUCUUUUGCACUUUUCGCAGCGCUCUUUGCUGGGUUCACUGCGGCCGAGAAGCUGCUCUACCGCAACACAUUUAACAGUACCAAUGCGAUAGCUGGCUGGGUAGCAGAGGGCCCCGUAGUAGCAAGUGUUUCGAACAACACCCUCACCUUGAGUGGUGCUGGCAACCCAAACGACUACUUCGUCUACUGGCUACCGGAAGUAUUCCCAGAUCGCAUUCGGAUCAGUUGGGAAUUUUUGCCAACUCAAGAACCUGGGCUCGCUAUGCUUUUCUUCGGCGCUACCGCUGUCGAUGGUGGUAGCGUUUUUGAUCCUGGACUGAAGCCUCGCAAUGGCUCCUAUCCGCAAUACCACUCCAGCGAUAUUCGACUUCUACAUGCGUCUUACUUCCGCCGCCGAUGGCCUGAAGAGCGCGCAUUUCAUUUGGCCAACCUCCGCAAAUCGCCGGGUUUCCAUCUCGUCGCGCAAGGUGCCGAUCCUAUUCCCCCCGUGGUAGAUACCCAAGGCGCCUUUUACAAAAUCGAAGUUGUGAAAGAUGAGCGUGAAGCCAGGUUCUCCGUCAACGGACUGCUCCUCUUCUCUUUCGAUGAUACGCACACAGAGACUGGCCCGGUCGUCCGUGGCGGUCGCAUUGCACUGCGCCAGAUGCAACCGUUGAUUGCACAGUACCGAAAUCUUGAAGUUUGGGGGUUGUAG